CAGAUCAAUGUUCGAGUUACCACCAUGGAUGCAGAACUGGAGUUUGCAAUCCAGCCAAAUACAACAGGAAAACAACUUUUUGACCAGGUGGUUAAGACUAUCGGCCUCCGGGAAGUGUGGUACUUUGGCCUCCAGUAUGUGGAUAAUAAAGGAUUUCCCACCUGGCUGAAACUUGAUAAGAAGGUGUCUGCCCAGGAGCUUAGGAAGGAGAAUCCCCUCCAGUUUAAGUUCCGGGCCAAGUUCUACCCUGAAGACGUGUCUGAGGAACUCAUCCAGGAUAUUACCCAGAAACUGUUCUUCCUGCAAGUGAAGGAAGGAAUCCUUAGUGACGAGAUUUACUGCCCACCUGAGACCGCAGUGCUCCUUGGGUCCUAUGCUGUGCAGGCCAAGUUUGGGGACUAUAACAAAGAAAUGCACAAGGCUGGGUACCUCAGCUCUGAGCGGCUGAUCCCUCAAAGAGUCAUGGACCAGCACAAACUUACCAGGGACCAGUGGGAGGACCGAAUCCAGGUGUGGCACGCAGAACACCGCGGGAUGCUCAAAGACAGUGCCAUGCUGGAGUAUCUGAAGAUAGCCCAGGACCUGGAAAUGUACGGAAUCAACUACUUCGAGAUAAAAAAUAAGAAAGGAACAGACCUUUGGCUUGGAGUCGAUGCCCUUGGACUAAAUAUUUACGAGAAAGAUGAUAAGUUGACCCCAAAGAUUGGCUUCCCUUGGAGUGAAAUCAGGAACAUCUCUUUUAAUGACAAAAAGUUUGUCAUUAAACCCAUCGACAAGAAGGCGCCUGACUUUGUGUUCUAUGCCCCCCGCCUGAGAAUUAACAAGCGGAUCCUGCAGCUCUGCAUGGGGAACCACGAGCUGUACAUGCGCCGCAGAAAGCCUGACACCAUCGAGGUGCAGCAGAUGAAGGCCCAGGCCCGGGAGGAGAAGCACCAGAAGCAGCUGGAGCGGCAACAGUUGGAAACUGAGAAGAAAAGGAGAGAAACUGUCGAGAGGGAGAAAGAACAGAUGAUGCGUGAGAAGGAGGAGCUGAUGCUCAGACUGCAGGACUAUGAGGAGAAGACCAAGAAGGCAGAGAAAGAGCUCUCAGAGCAGAUUCAGAGAGCCUUGCAGCUGGAGGAGGAGAGGAGGCGGGCGCAGGAGGAGGCCGAGCGCCUGGAGGCUGACCGUGUGGCCGCACUGCGGGCCAAGGAGGAGCUGGAGAGACAGGCGGUGGAUCAGAUAAAGAGCCAGGAGCAGCUGGCGGCAGAGCUUGCAGAAUACACCGCCAAGAUCGCCCUCCUGGAGGAGGCGCGGAGGCGCAAGGAGGACGAGGUGGAGGAGUGGCAGCACAGGGCCAAAGAAGCCCAGGAUGACCUGGUGAAGACCAAGGAGGAGCUGCAUCUGGUGAUGACAGCUCCUCCACCCCCGCCACCCCCCGCCUAUGAGCCAGUGAGUUACCACGUCCAGGAGAGCCUGCAGGAAGAGGGUGCGGAGCAAACAGGCUACAGUGCGGAGCUGUCCAGCGAGGGCAUCCUGGAUGACCGCAAUGAGGAGAAGCGCAUCACCGAGGCUGAGAAGAACGAGCGUGUGCAGCGGCAGCUGCUGACGCUGAGCAAUGAGCUGUCCCAGGCCAGGGAUGAGAACAAGAGGACCCACAAUGACAUCAUUCACAAUGAGAACAUGAGGCAAGGCCGGGACAAGUACAAGACCCUGCGGCAGAUCCGGCAGGGCAACACCAAGCAGAGGAUCGACGAGUUCGAGGCCAUGUAACGGCCAGGGCUGGACCCAGGGCAGGGGUGACCCACUCCAGCCCUGUCACGCUUGCAUCUUAGUGCUCCACAGCUUAGGCCCCCUUGCUCAUCCCAUCCUUUAGAAAGAGAGCAGUUAUCCAGGCGGAGAUCUGGGCUGGGAACCAGCAACCGCCUCCCUGGUUUGUUUUUCCCAGUUGUAUCCUAGUGCCAAACAGGCCUGAUUUUUAUGAUUAUUCUCAAAUCACUUCUUGUGUUGUGCUUGGAGCAGGACUGAUUGAAUUAAGAAAAAUGCCUGUAAAGUCUGAGUGACAAACUUCAUGCUGGCCUGUGUGAUACAAAAUUCAGUAUCAUUAAAGAAAACCACAUCGUGGCUUACAUCUGUGCCAUACUUUUUCUGUAUUUGAAAUGAGCUCAAAUUGAUUGAUCGAUUUUUUGAUUUCUAUGAAGGAUCCAUCUUUGUAUAUUCGUGUUUUGAGGGGUGAAAAUUAUUUUGGAAAUUGAGUCUGAGGCACUCUCACAUGCACACACAAUGAUUUCACUCCUCCCGUCACUCAGCGCAGCUGGCAGAGACUGCAGGGUCACUCAGUGUGAGCAGUGCAAGAAAGCACGCUGAAAUAAAACUUUUUUACGUUUUUUUUUGGUUUGGAUUUUUUUGCUUAACAGAGUACAUUGUUGGACUUAUACACCUAAUUAAUGAUCAGCUAUAGGAUACAGUAUUUAUAUAUAAGCGAUAAUAUGGGUUUGUAACAUUAGUUUUCAAAAGGGAAAGUUUUGUUCUGUAUAUUUUGUUACCUUUUGCAGAAUAAUAAAAGAAUUCCAUAUGAAAACCAACCAGGUAA